UUUGCAAGACAAAACCAACUUGUGCGCUGCUGCCUCCGUACGGUAACUUGAAUGAAGUUGUCCUACUCUGAUCUCCAAUUUCUCAGUUUCAAAAGGAUUCAAAGUUGCAUAGCCUACUUGUGGAAGACCCUUUUCGAUUCCAACUGAUAUGGCAGGCAAGUGCACUAACAAUAGAGAGACCGCUAUCUUUUAUUGCCAACAGUAUUUUAAACACAGAGUAGGACAAUCCUAAAUGUGACAGACAGAGUUAAAAACAUUACGUUUGUAAGUUUGUGUUGAUUUUAUUAUUCAGUGUCCUACUCAUAUCCCAGGCACAGACAAAGCAAAAGUCAAGGAGCUCGUUUUAAAGUGCAUGCUUGCACGGGAAAUGGCAUAUUGCCCCUACAGCCGGUUCCCGGUCGGUGCCGCCAUAUUGACAGCAGAUGGCGCUAUAAUUACGGGUUGCAAUGUGGAAAAUGCCUCUUUUGGCCUCACAGUAUGUGCUGAGCGAACAGCAAUACAGAGAGCCAUAGCAGAGGGACACAGGAAAUUCAGUGCUAUCGCUGUUACAUGUGACAUCAAAGAUAGUUUUGUGGGACCUUGUGGAGCUUGUCGGCAGGUGCUCAUUGAGUUUGGAACAGAUUGGGUUGUAUACUUGACUAAGCCAGAUGGAUCAUACAAAGAAACCAGCCUCAAAGAACUGCUCCCUCUAGCUUUCUCCCCAGCUCACCUAGGACAUUAACUGACACAGCCAUGGACAUAGCAAUAGUUAGCCUACACAGUUACAGUAAUUCACACAGUAUAGAUAUGAUAUUUCACAUUCAAAAUACUUAUUCUCGCUGCGUUCCGUUUAGAUGUAUUGGUACAGCCAGGCAGAAUUUAUAUUUAGAAAUAUUAUAUACAUGUUUUUGUUAGAAGAGAAAAUACAACUAUGUUCAACUACCAUUAAAAUGACUGUUUGCAUUAAAUAAAACCAUAUGAUUUCAA